AUGGCUUGCGCCGCCGCGGAAACCCUCGCCUCGUUCCCAAUCGCAUCCCCGUCCCGCUCGCUCCUACGCCCUUUCCCCCGGCGACCCGCCGCCGCCGCCGGGAGAGGCGCGCCGUCGAUCCGGAUAUCCGCCGUGCCGCCGCGGGGCCUCGGGCUCGCGCUCGUGCACCGCCGCGUGCGCCGCUGCCCGCCAGCGGCGCGCGCGAAUGUCGAGCGCGACGGCGACGGCGCCUCCGGCAACGGCGAGCCGUCGUCCUCGUCCGGGGAUGGCGACCGCGACGCGGCUGCGGAGUCGGGGGGCGAUAGCACCAGCACGAGCACCACGAGCGCGGCCGCGCCGCCGCCGCCGCCGUCGUCGAAGAGGGGCGAAAAUAAGUGGCGGCGGAGGCUGAUUAAGGGAGGAGGCGGCGUCGGGCGGUGGCUAUGGGAGCCCAUAGUGCAGGGGCGGGAGAUGGGCUUCCUCCUGCUCCAGCUCGGCUUCGCCAUAUUUGCGCUGCGCAUGCUUCGGCCAGAGAUCGCGUUGCCUGGUUCAGAGCCCCGCCCGCAGACGACGUACGUCAGUGUACCGUACAGCGACUUUCUGGCGAGCAUAGACAAGGACCAGGUGAAGAAGGUUGAGGUGGAUGGUGUGCACAUCAUGUUCCGGCUCCGCCCAGAGGUUGAGUCCCAGGUCCGUGUGGUGCAGACACCAACACAGCGCGGAACAGAUGCUGUCGUUGAUAAUACUGGAGCUUCAAGGAGAAUUGUAUUCACGACGACUCGUCCAGUGGACAUAAAGACACCAUACGAGAAGAUGGUGGAAAACAUGGUUGAAUUUGGGUCACCAGACAAGAGGUCCGGCGGCAUGCUCAAUUCUGCCCUGGUAGCUCUUAUUUAUGUUGUAUUGAUUGCAGUAGUUUUGCAGCGGUUGCCAAUAAGCUUUUCUCAGAAUUCAGCCGGUCAGUUGAGGAAUAGGAAGAAGUCAAAUUCCGGCGGCACAAAAGUUUCCGAAAGUACGGAUAUAGUUACAUUUGCUGAUGUGGCUGGAGUAGAUGAGGCAAAAGAAGAGCUGGAAGAAAUUGUGGAGUUCUUAAGGAACCCAGAAAGAUAUAUCCGUCUUGGUGCUCGCCCUCCUCGUGGUGUCUUAUUGGUGGGUCUUCCAGGGACUGGAAAGACACUUCUGGCAAAAGCCGUAGCAGGAGAAGCAGAUGUCCCAUUCAUAAGUUGCUCUGCUAGUGAAUUUGUUGAGCUAUAUGUAGGCAUGGGAGCAGCUCGAGUACGUGACCUAUUUGCUAGGGCCAAAAAGGAAUCACCAUCGAUUAUUUUUAUCGAUGAGAUUGAUGCCGUUGCAAAAAGCCGUGAUGGUCGAUAUCGCAUUGUCAGUAAUGAUGAACGUGAGCAGACACUAAACCAAUUGCUCACGGAAAUGGAUGGCUUUGACACCAACUCGGCUGUCAUUGUACUGGGGGCAACAAAUCGAGCUGAUGUUCUGGAUCCUGCCCUUAGGCGCCCUGGGAGAUUUGACCGUGUAGUUAUGGUUGAAGCUCCUGAUAGGUUUGGAAGAGAAUCAAUUCUAAAAGUUCAUGUGAGCAGAAGAGAGCUUCCACUGAGUAAAGAUGUAGAUCUAGCCGAUAUUGCUGCAAUGACAACUGGUUUUACUGGAGCAGACCUUGCAAACUUGGUAAAUGAAGCUGCUUUGUUGGCUGGGCGAUUAAAUAAAGAAAUAGUGGAAAAGAUUGACUUCAUCCAUGCGGUUGAGCGAUCUAUAGCUGGGAUAGAGAAAAAGCAUGCAAAAUUGAAGGGUCAUGAAAAAGCUGUUGUUGCACGACAUGAAGUUGGUCAUGCACUUGUGGGAACUGCUGUAGCAAACCUUCUUCCUGGACAACCACGUGUGGAGAAAUUGAGUAUAUUGCCAAGAUCAGGAGGUGCAUUAGGCUUCACGUAUACCCCUCCCACCACAGAGGAUAGAUAUUUACUCUUUGUUGAUGAACUACGUGGCCGUUUAGUAACACUUCUGGGUGGAAGGGCAGCAGAGGAAGUUGUUUUAGGAGGACGGGUUUCCACUGGUGCACUUGAUGACAUAAGACGUGCUACUGACAUGGCCUACAAAGCUGUAGCAGAAUAUGGUCUUAAUCAGCGCAUCGGGCCAAUAUCACUUGCUACACUGUCAAAUGGUGGGUUAGAUGACUCUGGUGGCUCUCCAUGGGGACGAGAUCAGGGCCAUCUAGUUGAUCUCGUUCAGAGGGAAGUAAAAGCGCUUUUACAGUCGGCACUGGAAGUAGCUCUUUCAGUUAUUCGUGCUAAUCCUGCAGUUUUGGAAGGCCUCGGAGCAUAUUUAGAAGAGAACGAAAAGGUUGAAGGUGAGGAGCUUCAAGAGUGGCUAAAGUCGGUUGUUGCACCAAAAGAGUUGACGUCUUUUAUCAGAGGACAAGAGCAAGUUCCUCAGCUGGAAGCAGGCUUCUAG